CCCCGCCUCGCCCCGCCUCCGGCCCACGGGGCCAGGAAGGGCGGAAGGGACCGCCGGGGGCCAUGGACGGGGCCGUGAUGGAAGGGCCGCUGUUUUUGCAGAGCCAGCGUUUCGGUACCAAGAGGUGGAGGAAGACCUGGGCGGUGCUCUACCCGGCCAGCCCCCACGGUGUCGCGCGGCUCGAGUUCUUUGACCACAAGGGGUCGAGCUCUGGAGGGGGCCGAGGGAGCUCGCGCCGCCUGGACUGCAAGGUGAUACGUCUGGCUGAGUGUGUGAGCGUGGCCCCUGUGGCCGUGGAGAGCCCCCCUGAGCCUGGCGUCGCAGCUUUCCGCCUGGACACCCCACAGCGUUCCCACCUGCUGGCGGCCGACGCGCCGUCCAGCGCCGCCUGGGUGCAAACGCUGUGCCGAAACGCCUUUCCGAAAGGCAGCUGGGCCCUGGCACCUGCCGAGAACCCACCCAAGCUUUCUGCCCUGGAGAUGCUGGAGAAUUCACUGUAUAGCCCCGCCUGGGAAGGAUCCCAGUUCUGGGUAACCGUGCAAAGGACUGAAGCCGCUGAGCGUUGUGGCCUGCAUGGCUCCUAUAUGCUGAGAGUGGAGGGUGAGAGGCUGACUCUCCUGGGCGUGGGGGCCCAGAGUCAGAUACAGGAGCCACUCCUUUCCUGGCCUUACACUCUGUUGCGUCGCUAUGGCCGAGACAAGGUCAUGUUCUCUUUUGAGGCUGGCCGCCGCUGCCCCUCUGGCCCUGGAACCUUCACCUUCCAGACGGCACAGGGAAAUGACAUCUUUCAGGCAGUUGAGACUGCUAUCCACCGACAGAAGGCCCAGGGGAAGGCCAGCCAGGGGCAGGAUGUUCUCAGAGCUGAUUCCCACGAAGGAGAAGUGGCAGAAGGGAAGUUGGCUCCCCCCCGGGGCCCCCAGGAGCUCGCAGGCAGCCCUCCAGCCCUGUAUGCUGAACCCUUAGACUCCCUGCGCAUUCUUCCAGGCCCUUCCCAAGAUUCCGUAUACUCAGACCCCCUGGACAGCACCCCUUCUCAGGCAGGGGAGGGGUUACAGUUGAAGAAACCUCUCUAUUGGGACUUGUGUGAGCAUGUGCAGCAGCAGCUGAUAAAGGCCAAGUUGACAGACCCCAAAGAAGACCCCAUCUAUGAUGAACCUGAGGGCCUGGCCCCAGCUGCUCUCCGGGGCCUUUAUGAUCUGCCUCAGGAGCCCAAGGAUGCCUGGUGGUGCCAGGCUCGGGUGAAGGAGGAGGGCUAUGAGCUCCCCUACAACCCUGCUACUGAUGACUACGCCGUGCCACCCCCACGGAGCACAAAGCCCUUCCCAGCUCCCAAGCCCCAGGGCCUGGCCUUCUCUGAAUCCGGUGCUGCAGCUGGCAGUGGCAGCAAAGGCCAUAGCUCAGACACUGCCCUGUACAGCCAGGUCCAGAAGAGUGGGACCUCAGGUAGCUGGGACUGUGGGCUCUCUGGAUCAGGGACUGACAGGACUGGGGCCAAGUCAGAGGGCUCCACAUGAGAAGAAGCGCAAGGCGGGGGUUGCUGAUAGGAGGACCAUGGGGAGGUGGCACUGGGGAUCAAAGAAACCUGUUAGAACCAGCAGGAACCAGAGGGGUCUGUGUGUAGAGACCAGGGUACAAGGGGAGUCAAGGGGAGGAUGAUCUGUCCCAAGAAGUCAUGGAAGUGGGACAGUUGGCAGGGGCUCAGGGAUUGGAUCUGGGGGAGGCCAGCACCUCUAAGUCAUCCCCACCAAAGGAAGGGAUAGCUGCUGGAGCAGUACUAUAGAAAGGGGUGUUUGGUCAGAGUAGGUACAGUUUGAGGGGCCUGUAUGGAGGCUAUAGGGAGACACUGGGCUGUGUCUUGAUCCUUCCCCCUGCAUUGUUCUUUGCCAGAGAGAGAUAUUUUUUUAAAGUUUUAUCCUCAUUAAAGUCAGUUUGGGUUUAAGA